UCCCUCUCUCUCUCUCUCUCUCUCUCUCUCUCUCUCUCUGUCUAAAUCUCUCUCUGAUCCUGGGCUGUUAGUGAGCAGUAACAUCGAUCGAUUCAAUCGAAUGGAAAAAGAAGAUUGAGUGAACAAACAAGAGGUAGAAUUCAGUUACGCCAUUAGCUGGUUUGCAGCUAUUGGUGGAUACAAGAGUCGUUGUUCAUGGCUGUCCGGCUGGACCCGGGCUAUCUGAAGAUAGGGAUGACUCCUCCCCAAUUCAGCACUUCAUCACCACCAUCUCCUCAACUCAUCAGCACUCCCCUCAAUUGGACCAUUGAUGUCUCAGAUGUAAGAACAAUCAAGGUCACCAACAUCUCCAUGUCGGCGACUGCUGACAACAUCAAGGAGUUCUUCUCCUUCUCUGGUGAGGUUGAAUACGUGGAAAUGCGAAGGGAGUCAGAGACAUCACAAGUUGCCUAUGUGACCUUCAAGGAGUUCCAUGGAGCGGACACAGCCCUGCUCCUCUCCGGAGCGAGCAUAUCUGAAGCUUCGGUGAACAUUACACCAGUGGAAGACUAUGUGCUGCCUCCAGAAGCCUACUUUCAGAGACAGGAGACGAGCUCGCCGAGGACGCCGACGGAGGCGGCGGUGAAGAAAGCGGAGGAGGUGGUGAGCACGAUGCUGGCGAAGGGCUUCGUGCUGAGCAAGGACGCCCUGAAGCGUGCCCGGUCGUUCGACGACCGGCACCAGCUGCUGUCGACGGCGAGCGCGCGGGUGGCGUCGCUGGACCGCCGGUUCGGGCUCAGCGACAAGUUCAGCGCCGGGACGGCGGCGGCGCGCGGCGCCGUGCGCGGCGUGGACGAGCGGUUCCAGGUGUCGGAGCUCGCCCGGGUCGCGGUCGCCGCGGCCGAGCAGGGCGCGGCGAGCGUGGUGGCGGGGAGCCCCUACGCGUCGCGCGGCGCCGCGUGGGUAUCCGCCGCCAUGGGCGCCGUCGCCCGGGCCGCGUUCGACGUCGGCGCCAUGACGAAGGAGAAGGUGGAGCGGGCCGAGGAGGAGGACCACCUGGGCAGGACGGACAACGGCGCCGGCGCCAGCGCCGGCGACGUUGCGCACUCGCAGGUGCAGGCCGCGCCGCCCGCGCACGCGCACGCAGCUCGCGAACCAGAUGGCCACCACAAGAACAAGGCACUGUAGAUGUUACGACAAUUUUUGUUCUCUUCUGGUUAAUUAUCUGCGAGGUGUAAUAAUUAUGGUUCUUAGACUACAUCAACGAUGCAAUGCUAGAUUGCUAAUAAAUUUAUUUACGACGGAGAUUAACAAGGGGAAUUAGAUUGGACAUGCUGAUCGAUCAAUCACACUCGUCCUUGCUCGUUGAUGAUC